GUGUUGUUUUUAGUGGUAGCGUUCAAACUACGACAGGCGUAUCACUAAAUGAUUGUUUGUAUUCGGGGCCAAGAUUACAAAGUGACAUUACGGUGAUCAUAAAUAACUUUCGUUUGCCACGGUUUGUUUUUACCACGGAUGUAAAGAUGAUGUUUCGACAAACAUGGGUACAUGCGGACGAUCGGAAAUAUCAACUUAUAUUCUGGCGUGCGUCACCUGACGAGCCGCUGCUUAUUUAUGAAUUAACGACAAACACUUACGGUUUAAAAUCUAGUCCUUUUGUCGCUAUCCGGUGUUUACAUCAGUUGGCUAACGAUGAGGAAAAUAGAUAUCCUCGCGCAUCGGCAUUGCUACGUAAUAAUAGCUAUGUAGACGAUCUCAACGGCGGAGCCGACACGUUGGAGGAGGCGAUGUCCUUACGGAAUGAGCUGGUAUCUCUUAUGAAUACGGCCGGCUACGGCCUUAGGAAAUGGGCAUCUAAUGAUGUCAGACUAUUAGAUGGGUUACCGGUAGAUCACCUCGAAACUCCUCAUUCGUUUGACCCUGACAUGGACGGUUCUAGUUUCAUCAAGGUUUUAGGGAUCCAAUGGGAUCCAAAAUAUGACGUAUUUACCUAUCGACUUAGUCUACCGGAUCCAGGAGUAAUUACUCGGCGAUCUAUCUUAUCUUUAUCGGCGCGGCUUUAUGACCCUUUGGGGUGGGUAUGUCCGGUUGUAUUUCGAAUUAAAUUACUAUUGCAAACUCUUCUUGGUACCUUUGACAAUUCACGCAAGGUCGAAUGGGACGCUCCGGUACCAGAAGAGGUAAAACAAAAAUGGCAAGAGAUAUUAUCGGACUUACCUAAUCUGCGAAGAGUAUCAAUACCUAGGUGUCUCAAGUUUGAUAACAAUGCUACAUAUUCAAUUCACGGGUUUUCGGACGGCUCAUCACUCGGUUUCUCAGCGGCGGUUUACUUACGAUCGGUUAACACAGACGGGACGGUCCUCGUGCGGCUACUCAUGGCGAAAUCUCGAUUAGCUCCAUUGAGGACUAAGCACACAAUUCCGAAGAAGGAAUUAAAUGGAGCGGUUUUAUUGGCUACUCUUAUUAACCAUCUCACCUCCUCGUUAGAGCGUGAUAUAAGGUUAAGUGAAGUAAUCGCUUGGUGUGACAGUACCAUUGUUUUAGCGUGGUUAAAAACCCCGCCACACAAAUUACAAGUAUAUGAAGGAAAUCGAGUUUCACAAAUAAUAACCUCCAAAUCAGCUAUCAUUUGGCGACAUGUCCCAAGUGAAUUAAAUUGCGCGGAUGUCGCGUCGCGCGGAUCCACGGCGAAAGAAUUGCUGCAGCACCCGCUAUGGUGGGAGCCGUGUUGGCUGCGAGACACCCCUGACCAUUGGCCUGGUCAGUGCUCGGAUUUCCCGGCGGAUAUGCUACCCGGUAUACGGACCACUUCGGUUAACGUUUGCACUUUAUCGGUUUCGGAUUUUGACUUAAUGGAUCGGUUUAGUUCAUUUGAAAAGCUAAUACACGUCACGGCUUAUUUACUACGGUUUAUUCGGCAUUGCAAAAAUAAGGAUAAUAAAUGCGGUAAUAUUCAUAUAUCAGUUUCGGAGCGCAGGGACGCUACUACAUGUUUAAUACGGUUAGUACAAGAUCGGCAUUAUAAGUCAGAGACGGCCUUAUUACGGGAAAAUAAACAGAUAAACAAUACAUUACGGCGGCUAAAUCUGUUUUUAGAUAAAAACAAUUUAAUUCGGGUCGGCGGUAGAAUUGAUGCGUCCGGACUACCAUAUAACGCGCGGCAUCCAAUUUUGUUACCGGGCAAAAAUCGGUUUACGGAACUAUUAGUUACUCAUUAUCACAAGGUAUAUUGCCACAUCGGGGCAAACUCACUUGAAUCUAUUUUAUCCUGGACAUACUGGAUAGUCGCCGCGCGGCGGGUAACGAGGAGUGUAACCUUCAAAUGUAUAGCGUGUUAUAAAGCCCGGCCGCGAUCGGUGCAACCUUUCAUGGCGGACUUACCCCCCGAUCGGGUAAAAUGCACACGAGCAUUUCUCGGCACGGCAACAGAUUUCGGCGGUCCAUUUUACAUAAAAUCUAGUAGCCUUCGUAAUGCAAAAAUAGAGAAGUGUUUCCUUUGCAUAUUUGUUUGCCUAAGUACUAAGGCUGUCCACUUGGAAGUAGUUAGUCAAUUGUCGGUUGAGGCCUUCGUUGCGGCGCUUACGCGUUUCGUAUCUCGGCGUGGACUACCAAAUUUAUUGCGGUCAGAUUGUGGUACAAAUUAUACGGGCACUAACAAAUACUUAAAGGAACUGUACUCGUUCCUGCGGCAAAAACAACCUGAGAUUGACCGGGAAUGUGUUAAGCGCGAGAUUAAGUGGCUCUUUAAUGCACCGUCAAGUCCAAAUCACGGCGGCUUAUUCGAGGCGGCAAUUAAGUCUGCAAAGACUCAUUGUAGGCGUGUGCUUGGUGAAGCUCGUCUCACAUUUGAACAACUGGCGACCUUUUUCUCCAGGGUUGAAGCGGUGAUGAAUUCACGACCAUUAUGCCCUCUAAGUUCGGAUCCGGCUGAUCUAAGUGUAUUGACUCCAGGUAGUUUUUUGAUAGGGGAACCUUUGGUAGCGCUCCCGGAAUACCCGUAUACGGAAGUUAAGGAAUCCCGUUUAUCUCAGUUCCAACGGAUACAAAAGAUGACCCAACAUUUCUGGAUACGGUUUAAAAAUGAGUAUCUUCAUACGCUUCAGCAACGCUAUAAAUGGACCUCUCAUACGGAACCACCUAAAUUAAACGAUUUAGUAUUGAUAAAAGAAGAUAAUUUAGUCGCGCUUAAUUGGAGGCGCGGACGUAUAGUUCGGCUGCUGCCAGCUAAGGAUGGAAUCGUUCGCGUUGUUGAAGUUAAAACACAAAACGGUGUCUUAUUAAGACCCGUUUCCAAACUCUGUAGGCUACCUAUAGAAGAUUAGGAACCAAGGAGGCCUUGGUUAGGCGGGGGGAUGUUCGGGCAUUGUAAUCUUUUAAUAUGAGGGUAAGUCGUUCCGGAGCAAAUUCGGGGGUAAACAAGAAACCACUGACGUUCCCUCACUCGGCUCGGGCGCGGUCUGCAACGCAUGUCGUCUGUGCGCUAUUUUUUCCCAAAAUUCGGUAUUUCGGUGUUUUCGGCGAACAAUCAGUUUGUGGUGCUUUGUAUUGACCUCUCAAGGACCUGGAAGUGCUAGCUAGCUGAAGAAGGCCCAGGAUCUUCAAAGUCAUCGGAGUGUGCUCAAGAUACGUGAUUGGGAUCGGGAUUGUAUACGCCAUGCUAUGGAUCACUAAGCAUAUAAAUGAAAACCUAAAGGACGUCCCGAUGGAAGAAGAUAUUGUCUUUGCACCAACCCCUCAAUUAUGAAUAAGCUCUUACUAUGUAGGUAUAAGCUUUGUACAAAUUGAAUGUUUUUAAUAAAAUAUUGAAGUUAUAACUGUUUAA